AUGGGUUCUUCAGAUGUUUCAAGUCGUGAGAAUUCUUUGGUUUAUAAUGAAGAUCCCGAAUCUCCCAAUGGCACAACACCAUGUGAUCGGUUGGGGGUGGACUUGAUGAAUGUUCUAGAUGACAAGAAUGAAAUAAAACAAGGCGUUACCCCAGUAUCAGAUCGUGAAAUUGGGGGUACGGAAUCUGAGACAUCCGCGGUUUCUGCAUUUGCUAGCGCUGAUGAAUUGCUAGCUGAGCUAGACACUGAAGACGAAACAAAGCUUGAGCCAGAUGGCGAAGAUGGGAGAUCUGUCCUGAAGAAACAAAGAGACAUUGUUACUAAACUUAUACAAGCCAAUAAAGAAACACAAAAAGAAGGUGAUAAAGUCUGCAUUGUCCCCAAAGCUUGGUAUGAUAAUUUUUUUGACCCCGAUGUCACCGAUCCGGAGGACAUAGGCCCUAUUAAUACAUGUAUGAUUUGCAGAGACUUUGAAAAUUUUGUGCUUGAGGAUUACAACAGAUGUCCGUAUCUAUCUGUUGCUGAGCCUGUUUUCAAUUUUCUGUCAGAAAUUUACGGCAUGACAAGUGGCUCUUUCCCAGUGGUUACUAAUUUGGUCAUGAACCAAACCACGGGAGAACUGGAGACAGAAUACAACAAAUGGUUUUUUAGGUUACACUACUUGACGGACAAGCAAGAUGUGAGGAAGAGGAGGUAUAGUCAGGAUGAUUCAGUAUUGUAUCUGUCAAUGUCUGCGUUGAACUUGGUACGUGAUUUAGUUGAAAAGAGUAUGAAUAUAUUUUUUGAUAAAGCUGAUCAUUUGGAUGUAAAUACUGUUGAUUUUAAAAUUUGGUUCGUUUCACAAGGACCUAGUGUCGCCAUAGACAACAACGUGGAUGACGUUUUGAAUACCUCGUAUGAAAUAACUCCCCUUCAAUUUCUAGAGCUACCGAUUAAGAAACUAUUAAUACCAGCUAUGUUUGGUAAUCGUUUGGAUAAGAUAACUUCAAACCCAAGCGACCUAGUUAUAGAAAUCAAACCUAUAGAGGGCCAUCACCAUUGGGCUUCAAACUAUUUUGCGUAUAACAAGCUUGAGCCAGCUUCAGGAACCACUGGUUUGGUGAACCUGGGAAACACAUGUUACAUGAAUUCUGCGUUGCAAUGCCUUGUGCACAUUCCACAGUUGCGUGAUUACUUCCUUUAUGAUGGUUAUGAAAACGAAAUCAACGAGGAAAAUCCCCUCGGGUAUCAUGGUUAUGUAGCGAGGGCAUUUAGUGAUUUGAUCCAAAAAAUAUUCCAAAACAGGUUGAGCGUAAUGCAAAGAAAUGGCGCUUUCCCGCCGUCAAUGUUCAAAUCAACUGUCGGGCACUUCAAUUCAAUGUUUUCAGGUUAUAUGCAACAGGACUCUCAAGAGUUUUUAGCAUUCCUGUUAGACAGUUUGCAUGAAGAUUUGAAUAGAAUAAUAAAGAAGGAAUACAUAGAGAAACCAUCAUUAUCUCCUGGUGAUGAUGUAGAUGAUUGGAAUGUAGUCAAGAAGCUAGCAGACGAUACCUGGGAAAUGCAUUUGAAGAGGAAUUGUUCCGUUAUAACAGAUUUAUUUGUCGGAAUGUACAAAUCCACCCUAUACUGUCCCGAGUGUAAAAAUGUUUCUAUAACAUUUGAUCCCUAUAAUGAUGUUACAUUGCCACUUCCAGUUGAUACAGUAUGGAAUAAAACUGUGAAGAUUCUCCCCAUGAACUCCCCACCACUCCUUCUUGACGUUGAGUUAAGCAAAUCAUCCACUUUUAUGGAUCUAAAAAAAUAUGUCGGUAAGAUAUCCGGGCUAGAUCCAAACACAUUGUUUGGUUGUGAGAUUUUCAGUAAUCAGGUUUAUGUCAAUUAUGAAUCAGCAGAAUCUAAUGCUCAAUUUCUUACGUUGCAAGAGCUAAUUAAACCUGCUGAUGACGUUGUUUUUUACGAGUUGCCAGUAACCGAGAAAAACGAAAUAAUUGUUCCUGUACUUAAUUCUCGAGUUGAGAAAGGCUACAGGAGUGCAACGCUUUUUGGUGUCCCCUUUUUUAUUACAUUAACAGAAGAUGAAAUGAAUAAUCCAGGGGCGAUAAGAAUGAAAUUACAACGAAGAUUCGUCCAUUUAAGUGGUGGGUUUAUUCCAUUUGCGGAACCUGUUGGAAAUUGGGUUGAUUUUGCAGAGAGUUUUCCUCUAUUAGUAGAAAAGUAUCCAGGUAUCGAACUUCAACAAUAUAAAGAUAUACUGCAGUAUGCUUUUAAUUCUGUAACCGAUAAGGACAAGUCAUUUUUUUCUAUCAAAAUUCUGCCCGUAGAGAAAGAGCAGCAAUUUUUUAGUAACAACAGAGCAGAAUCAAACUUUUGGACACCUUUUUCCCGGUUGAACUAUGACAAAGCUGUAGAAAUAAGCAACAGACUUGCGGGUGUGGUAGGAGAUAUCUACAAUUAUCCUUUCUUAAUAGAAUCUGCUGAAGGAAUUCCUAUGCAGGUAGACGACGAGGGGGGGGUUGAGAUCAAUGAAGCAGCCAGUUCCUCUGAACUCUUCCAAUUAAAAGAUGGGGAAGAAAACAAAAAAAUUGAGGCAAAUGGCGAGAAUGUGAAUAGCACUGCUGACCAAGACGAAGAUAUGGAAUCGACGGAUGAUAUUGAAGAAGAUGCUAGUACAGAGCCGGAGCUAACAGAGAAGCUAGAGGGUCCAACUAAAAUCAAGGAUAACUUGAACUCCAUUCUUUCGAUUAAUGAUGUCAUUGUUUGCGAGUGGGACGAAUCCGCUUUAAAUGAGGCUUUCUCUCAUGACAAGGUAUAUAAUUGGGAAAAUCCAGCAAUUUUACCCAACACCGAGUUGGAAAACAUAAAGUCGGAAAGAUCGAAUGCUAAGGAAAGAACUAUUACUCUCGAUGAUUGUCUCCAAUUAUUCUCUAAACCGGAAAUACUAGGACUAAGCGACUCAUGGUACUGUCCUACAUGUAAGGAACACCGUCAGGCUACGAAGCAAAUACAACUUUGGAAUACGCCAGAUAUUCUGCUAAUACACUUGAAAAGGUUUGAAAGUCAAAGGUCCUUUAGUGAUAAAAUUGACGCGACUGUCAAUUUUCCUAUUACAGAUUUAGACUUAUCAAAAAAUGUUGUUUAUAAAGAUGAUCCUAGAGGUUCAAUCUAUGAUCUUUAUGCGGUAGAUAAUCACUAUGGUGGCUUAGGCGGUGGGCACUACACCGCAUAUGUAAAGAAUUUUGCAAACAAUAAGUGGUACUAUUUCGAUGACUCACGAGUAACUGAAACUGUACCUGAGAAUAGUAUUGCCGGAUCAGCAUAUUUAUUAUUUUACAUUCGUCGUCCUAAAGAUGGUGAUGAACUAGGCGGUCCUAAACUGCAGGAAAUAAUCAAAAUAUCGCGCCAGGGAUACGAUCAGCGCAUUAAGAAGAUAUAUGAUGAACAGAUGAAGUUGUAUGAAGUUAACAAGACGGAUGAGGAGGAAGAUAUGUGUGACGAUGUGAUAGAAGAUGUGCAAGUCCCCGAAUAUAGUAACCGUAGUUUAGAGGUUGGACAUAUUAAAACUCAGGACUGCGACGAUGAAGAUGAUAAUGAUGAUGGUGAAAGAACAAAUUCAGGUAGAAGAAAGUUGAGACUGUUGAAGAAAGUCUACAAAAAGAGUUUAGACUCAAGUUCAUCGAGUACGUCAGCAAUAUCUGAGGGAGGCCUAGAAAGUGAGGUUAUUGACUUGAAUUGUAAAAAUGAUGUGACGCUCGAAUCUCCAGAAUGA